GCGCGUGGAAGUAAGCCGGGCAGGCAAGGCAGGGCGGCCGACAGCGAUGGCUCAGGGGAAACGCAAGUUCCAGGCGCGCAAGGCGGCUUCCGCGGGGAAGAAAGCGAAGGCGGCGGUGGCGGCGGCGGCCCGGGGGCCUCGCAAAGGAGGCCGCAUUAUUGCUCCCAAGAAGGCCCGGGUGAUCCAGCAGCAGAAACUGAAAAAGAACCUGGAGGUGGGCAUCCGUAAGAAGAUUGAGCACGAAGUGGUGAUGAAGGCCAGCGCUAAACUACCCAAGAAACUGAGUGUGCUGAAGGCCCCCAAAGUGGACACCGCAAAAGAGCCAGGCCACUCCAGCAAGUCUUAGCUAUGACCUGUCUACCUGAGUGGGUGGCGGAGAGCAGCCAUAUACGGCUAGACGACUGUACCCAUGACACCCACCUUGUAGUGUUGGAUGAGCCUACAGAUUAAUAAUGUAGCAGCAUUUCAGUUGGUGGUGAAACCUUCCUUAACACGAGAAACCGGGUGGGCUGUUCUGUGCCUAAGUGAAGAGAUGGGCUUUGUUUUUCAGCUCUAUUGUAUGUAAUUUUGGUUCAAGUCCCAGCAUUUCCCCUGUUUUAUAUUUGGACUCGUCUUCUCAUUAACGUCUUCAGUGGAAGCCAUUCUUUCAAAGCUAGCCUGGACUGGGUAGAGUUUGUAGGAUCGACUGGAGCUGUUGCCCAUUGGUGUUUCAGCAGCAUCAAGUUAUCAGAAUCAGACACGUUGGACUUCAUGUGUUCAUGUGGCUCUACAGACAUGGCACAUAUGACACCUAUAUAACAUUGGUAUUUACACAUGGGGGUGUCUUUGCAAACAUGGGAGUCCAGUAUGUGAUUGUUGGGCAGGACCCAGCAGGCUAGGAUGAAUCUCAAUCCACUGUUUUCUAUAGGGCUUGAAUGUCUGCAUGACACUUGAUCCACCCCGUUUGAAGAAGCAGAAAUUCCCAACAGAGCUUUGAGGUUUUUAGCUGUUCCUGGAAACAAGUGUGAUUUACUCACGUGUGUGUUGUGGUUUGAG